CGUGGCCGUGACUCACGUGCGCAGCACUGACGCGAUUAGUCUUCGCGAGGGUCAGAACUUCGCGAGGCUCUGGAGAGGUUCGACGCGAGUCGGCAUGCUGGGCUGUAGUGGUGUACAGGCCUGGAGCAGUAAGCAGGUGGCCGACUGGCUGCGGGAGCAGGGGUUCAGUGCCUAUGUUGAUCUGCUUUGCACGCAGCACCGUGUGGAUGGCACAAGCCUGCUGUGUCUCACUGAACACGACCUGCGCUCCCCCCCCCUGCAGCUGCCUCUGCUGGGUGACAUCAAGAGGCUUGCCCUUGCUCUACGGAAGCUCCAGAGACAACAUUCCCCCUCACACACACCGUCUACAGACUUCAGAGCGAACGGAUCCAAAUACUGUUACAGGAAUGACAGGUUUGGUGGAGACUAUAGGCAGUGUAAUGGGGUUGCCACAGUAACAGCUGUGAUGGAGCAGCAUUGUCAUGGCUACUCAAAUGGAAAAUAUAAGCACCGAUGGAGCCAGCUGGAGCCGGAGGGCUGGAAAACCAUCCUCAGCUUGGUCUAUGUGACCCUGGUGUUUGGAAUCACCUCCUUUGUUAUGGUGCUGGUGCAUGAGAGAGUGCCUGACAUGCAUACUUAUCCACCACUGCCUGAUAUAUUCCUCGACAGUGUACCCAGAAUUCCGUGGGCUUUUGUCAUGGCUGAGGCUUGUGCUCUGGCCCUAGGUUAUAUACUACUGCUAGUACUGCUACUACACAAACACAGAUCAAUUCUUUUCCGGAGACUAUGUAGUUUGAUGGGGUCAGUGUUCCUGCUCCGCUGUGUCACCAUGUUUGUCACCUCUCUGUCUGUCCCAGGAAAUCACCUGCAAUGCUCAGGAAAGAUGUAUGGCGAUAUAUGGUCAAAGCUGCUCAGGGCGCUAGAGAUCUGGGUAAGGAUGGGAAUGUCUAUGACAGGCAUGCACACAUGUGGAGAUUACAUGUUCAGCGGACACACUGUGGUUCUAACUAUGCUCAACUUCUUCAUCACAGAAUAUACACCCAGGAAGUGGCAUAUUUUGCACACGCUCUCCUGGGUGCUCAACCUGUUUGGCAUCUUCUUCAUCCUGGCAGCACAUGAGCAUUACUCCAUUGAUGUGUUCCUCGCCUUCUAUAUCACCACGCGCCUCUUCCUCUACUACCACACGCUGGCCAACACGCACGCCUACCAGCACAGCCGCCGCGCUCGCAUCUGGUUCCCCAUGUUCUCCUUCUUCGAGUGCAACGUCAGUGGGCCUGUGCCCAGUGAAUACUGCUGGCCCUUUUCCAGACCAGCCUUCAUGAAAACACUCAUAGGGUAGAGGUGGGGGGGGUGGAUGCUUGAAGAAGUUUGACAGUUAGGGAAAGUUAUUUAUUUAUUUUUUAUUUUCUUUUGGUACUCCACUGACACUGAAGAGAAUUGAUGUGUCUUGGAUUAAAAUGCCAAAUUAACUGACAUGUACAUGUACACACACACACACACACACUACAGCUGGUACUGGCAUUGGAGAAGCUGGUGAAUCUGUCUGAAUAGUUAAGCAAUUUGUGAAGAAACUAAAUGUAUCGUCACACAUGGAGUACAUUACACUAUAGUAGAGAGGUUAAGGUCAGUACAUUGCACUACAGUAGUGAAGCUGAAGCCAUCAGAGCUUUUUAAAACCUUUUUUAACAGAUUUGUGGAGCAAUAGUGGGUUCUGCAUUGUCCUCAGUGGUCUGUAAUAUCACCAUUUGCCUUAUGCUGCUGCUGUAAGGUGGAGCAUUGUCCUGCAGUGAGAUGAAGGAGUACCUUGCUGUGAGAUGGAGUGGUAUCCUGGGUUGGGGAGUUAUUACUCUGCCAGUCAUGAGCUUUUGUUUUGCUGUUUACGUUGAUAGACCACAUAUCUGUAUUAUUCUAACUAUUCCUACUGUUGACUUUGAUUAAAUUACAGAGUAGGCUUUAACAUUGUGGUACAGCUAGAUGUGUGUGUGUGUGUGUGUGUGUGUGUGUGUGUGUGUGUGUGUGUGUGUGUG